AUGGACAGCAAGCUAAACUUCAACGAGCAUAUUACCACGACAAUCGCAAAGGAUUUCGCUGUACUCAGCAUCUUUCGUCGCAACGCAUCCAAGUUUCGUGACGUGUACGCGCUGAAGGUACUGUACUGUUCGCUUGUUCAGAAGUAUUCUAGAAUAUGGUGUGCAAAAAUCCAUGAUAAGUCCGUAGCGGCACAGGUGGGUCAAUGUCAACAAUCCUCACGAUCGGCAUCGGUUGUCGAAUCGCCGUCGUCGGUGUCGUGCAUUGCCGAUCAAUGUCACGUGGUCCCUCGGGUUAUGGGAUCGGCCCCGUCGCCGUCGGAUGGGCUUGUCAAUCGUUCGUUAUCGUCCGUUUCGUCGUCGGUUCCGCCAGUUGUACCGCCAUGCUCGCCCCAAAGCUCCUCGCAAGUGAUGAAUUGCCAAACAGUAACUCCAAAUCAAUCUUUCGUUUCGAAAGCAUGCAUGUCAUCGGUGUUCAUGCUUACUGCCUACGUCAAAGUAAAACACGGUCAUGGCAGUUAUAUUCUCGCUCGCGCCUUGCUGGAUUGUGCUUCUGAAGCAAAUUUUGUAACAGAAUCUCUCGCUCAACGACUCUGUUCGAAACGCACGUCAGCAAAAAUCGAAGUGUACGGUAUUAGCCAAUCAGUCAAACAAGUGAAACACAAAACCAAUAUCACUGUGUCGUCACGAUCUGAAUCGUACACAACCACUAUGGAAUUCCUGAUAUUGUCUACACUAACCAGGAUUCUGCCCACCACAACGGUGGAUAUCUCGAAAUGGGUCAUUCCACGCCACCUUCCGCUUGCUGAGCCCAAAUUCAAUGUCGCUCAUGACGUGGACCUCAUCAUUGGUGUCAAAAACUUCUUCUCAAUUUUGGAGAACGACCAAAUCUCGCUAGGCGCAGGUUUACCAGUGCUACGUAAAACAGUUUUCGGAUAUGUCGUUGCUGGUGAAGCUGAGCAGAAAACUGCUCCAACCGUUGUGUGUAACAUAACUUCGAUCGACAACUUGGAGUCGAUGGUUCACAAGUUUUGGGAGGUGGAGAGUUUCGAGAAGGGCAAGGCGCUAUCGUUAGAGGAGCUGUACUGCGAGAAUCAUUUUCGGAAGACACAUUCCAGAGCCUCUGAUGGUCGGUACGUGGUUCGUUUGCCGAUUCGUGGGGAAAUGCUUGACACGUUGGGAGAGUCGUUCAAAAUCGCUGAACGCAGAUUCUCAGCGAUCGAGAGAAAGCUAUCGUCAGACCCACAACUACACGCAGAGUAUUCCAAGUUUAUGGAUGAGUAUUUAUCGUUGGAGCACAUGGAGGAAAACACGACCGAAAUUCCUCCAACAACACCACACUUCUAUCUUCCUCAUCAUGCGAUUCAGCGACCGGACAGCACAACCACCAAAACACGUGUAGUGUUUGAUGCCUCGUGUAGGGGCAGCAACAAUAUUUCGUUGAAUGAUCUCUGCUACAUCGGCCCCACUGUUCAACCACCGCUCGUCUCUACUCUCAUCAAUUUUCGUGUUCCUCGGUAUGCAGUGAGUGCAGAUGCCGAAAAAUAUAUCGGCAAGUGUGGGUUCACCCUGAUGAUUGCUUGCUGCAACUGA